AAAAAGCAGCUAGGCAUUCUUCGCCCCCACCCACUCCGCCGCAGCGGUGGGUCCAGCCUUUAUUCUCGCCCCCCCCCGAGUUGCUGCUGCUGCUGCUGCUCCCCGUGCAAGGCAAGAGGAAGGAGGCCAAGCUGGAAGGGGAAGGAGGCCGGAAAAAAAGAAAAUGAUCCGUUGUCAUUUGUGAAUAAUUGUCCCGCUUAGUAAAUGAAAUUGAUACAGACCGAAGGGGCUUGUGGAUGAUGCUAACUUGGAUUCCACACCAACCCUACCUUUCAGCCUAUCCUUACCUUAAGAAAUAAAUCGGGACCUGAAUAAGGAGCUGUUUUGAGCCCUGAUGGAGGCUGAGCUGGGUGACAGAUCAAAAAUAGAAGAGGAAAAUCCGGCUGUUCCUGGACCAGCAGCAGAAGGCUCUGAUGCCACGGAUGCAGGAAGCUCUAGAGACUUUGGGGAAGGAACUAAGCAGAAGUUGAGCGCAGAAAUGGGUGAUUCAGACAUGCCACACCAGCGCUUCAGGGAGUUCUCCUACCUGGAAGCAGAGGGACCCAGGGAGGUUUGCAGCCGGCUCCAUGACCUCUGUCUUCAGUGGCUGACGCCAGAAAGGCACACAAAGUCUCAAAUCCUGGAUCUGGUGGUCUUGGAACAGUUCCUGACCAUCCUGCCCCCAGAGAUGGAGAGCUGGGUCAGGGAGUGUGGGGCAGAGACCACUUCUGAGGCGGUGACCCUGGCUGAAGAGUUCCUCCUGAGCCAGGCAGAGGAGAAGAAGCAGGAAGCCACGCCGGUGAAGGCAGUGUAUGGCAAAGCAGCUGAUCACUUUCCGGAGGAAGAGAAGUCUCCACUGGGCACACCACAGAAGACCCCUUUCAGGUGGAUUGUGCUGAACAGCAGUGGAGGUGCCACCUCUCCACGUGAUGGGAUGAGCCUACGGCCUUGUUCGAGAGGGUCUCCUGCAGUGGCAGAGAAGACGGGCAUCCGGACAGAUCAGGAUCUGGAGACCAAUGAGGAGGUAGCUAUGAAUUUCACAGAAGAGGAGUGGACUGUGAUGGAUCCAGACCAGAACUCUCUGCACGGUGACCCCAUGGAGGAGGAUCCUGCCGAUGCGACCCCGUUGGAUGGUGUGAAGGACUGUGAUGGAAAGAAUGAGCCCUCGGGGAGAAAACCUGAAUCCAAACCUAUGGAGAAGAAGAAACUUCUCAAGAUUUCUCAAGAUUUAGCCUCUCGUGAAACCCCACCGCUUGAAGCAUUUAGCCUUGGAAAGGACCGGAAAGCAUCACCCCAGCUGGCAAAAAACAUAUCUGGCGUAUCAAGUAGUAACGUAGCUAUACGAGUUCAUGAAACGAGGAAGCCAUUCAAGUGCUCGGAGUGCGGAAAGAAUUUCAGGUGGAAGGUCCAUGCCAUUUUACAUGAAAGGACCCACACCGGAGGGAAAUGUUUCAUCUGCGCAGAGUGCGGGAAAAGCUUUGGUCAGUACAGUAGCCUGAUGAAACAUCAAGGAACCCAUACGGGAGAAAAGCCUUACAAGUGUUCGGAGUGUGGGAAGAGCUUCAGGGAGAGAUGCGGCCUCGCGUACCAUGAAAGAACGCACACGGGGGAGAAGCCCUACAAAUGCUUGGAGUGUGGGAAAAGCUUCAGGCAAAGCCAGCAUCUCGUGGAGCACCAGAGAACCCACACGGGGGAGAAACCCUAUAAAUGCUUGGAGUGUGGGAAAAGCUUCAGGCAGAGCAGUACCCUCGGUAACCACCAGCGAACUCACACAGGGGAGAAACCCUAUAAAUGCUUGGAGUGUGGAAGGAGCUUUGGCCACAGCGGCAGCCUGGCUGACCAUCAAAGGACCCACAGAGGAGAGAAGGUGUACACGUGCUCCGAAUGCGGGAAAAACUUCAGGCAGAGCCGAGACCUGGCUGCCCACGAAAAAAGCCACAUCGGAGAGAAGCCGUAUAAAUGCUCGGAGUGUGGGAAGAGCUUCAGGCAGAGCCGAGACCUGGCUGCCCACGAAAGAACCCACACAGGCGAGAAACCGUACAAAUGCUCAGAGUGUGGGAAAAACUUCAGGCAGAGCAGUAACCUUUCCUCCCAUCAAAGAACACACAAGGGAGAGAAACCCUAUAAAUGCACAGAGUGUGGAAAGAGUUUCAGUCAACGCAGUCACCUGACUGUCCACCAAAGAACCCACACUGGAGACAAACCCUACCAUUGCGCCAUGUGCGGAAGGCUUUUCUGUCAGCGUGGCGGGCUUGCUAAGCCCCAGAGGACCCAGGCAGGAGAGAAACCGUAUCCGUGCUCGGCGUGUGGGAGGAGCUUCAGCGACAGCAGCCAGCUUACUGUCCAUCGAAGGACUCACACGGGAGAGAAGCCGUAUAAUUGCUCUGUGUGCGGGAAACGCUUCAGGCACAGCACAACUCUUGUUGUCCAUCAAAGAACCCACACAAGAGAGAAACCCUACAAAUGCUCAGACUGUGGGGGAACCUUUAGAUCUGGUCAACAUCUCACAGCACACCACAGAACCCACACAGAAAAGAAACCAUAUUUAUUGUGUGGGAAAAGCUUCCAACGACGGAGUACCAUCGAUAACCACGGAAAAAUCCACACAGGGGAGGAGCCGUAUCAAUGCUCUGAGGGUGGAAAGAAUUUCAGGUCUAGCCCACCCCUUGUUUGCAGAGACAGACCCUAUAAAUGCUCUGAGUGUGGAAAGAGCUUUAGACAGAGGAGGACCCUUGCUGCCCAUCAAAACACCCACACAGGGGAAAAACCAUACAGAUGCUCAACCUGUGGAAAGAGUUUCAGCCUCAAGGCCAACCUUGGCGUCCAUCAAAGAACCCACACAGGAGCGAAACCCUAUCAAUGCUCCGAGUGUGGGGGAAAAUUCAGACACGCAGGUAUUCUUGUGGCUCAUGAAAGAACCCACACAGGAGAGAAACCCUACAAACGCUCCGAGUGUGGGGGGAAAUUCAGACAUGCGGGUAUUCUUGUGGCUCAUGAAAGAACCCACACAGGAGAGAAACCAUAUAAAUGCUCUGAUUGCGGAAAGAAUUUCAGUCGUAACGCUAACCUGGCCAUCCAUCAAAGAACCCACGUAGCAGAUGAAGCUUGUAAAAGCUCUGAACCUGGGGAAAGCUUCAGGGGUAUGAUUACUGUUCCUAGCCUCCACCCAGGAGGAAAACCCUAUCAGUGCUCAGUUUGUGGAAAGAAUUUCAGUCGUCGUGCUAACCUGGCCGUCCAUCAAAGAACACACACAGGAGACAAACCCUUCAAAUGCUCCGAAUGCGAAAAGAGUUUUAGACACAGGAGCACCUUUGAUGUCCACCAACGGACUCACACAGGGGAGAAACCGUACAAAUGUCCAGAGUGCCAGAAGACCUUCAGGCAGAGGAGUAAUCUUAUUGCCCAUCAAAGCACCCACACAGGAGAAAAACCGUAUAAAUGCUCUGUGUGCGGAAAAAGCUUUAGUCUCAAGCCUAACCUGGCUGUUCAUCAAAGAAUCCACACCGGGGAGAAGCCCUAUAAAUGCUCUGUGUGUGGAAAGACCUUCGCCUACAUGGGCAACCUGGCGGCUCACGAAAAAACCCACACAGAGGAAAAACCCUAUAAAUGCUCUAAGUGUGGAAAGAGUUUCAAACUGAGCUAUAAGCUUGCGGUCCAUGACAGGAUUCAUACAGGAGAGAAACCCCAUGAAUGUUCAGAGUGCGGAAAGAGUUUCACUCAUAAAUGUAACCUAACAUCCCAUAAAAGGACUCACACAAGAGAAAAGCCACAGGACAGUAUAGAGCAGAAACUGUUAGUUCUCCGUAGAGAAGAUAGCACAAGAUAAAAAGCCUUCAAGUGCUCACAAUCUAGAAAAGGCUUCAGAUUUUUUUAUCUACCAUGAAAGAAGGGUACAAAGUGUGAUCGUUUGUUUGUCCAUUGUCUCUUGAUAUUCUUUGUUGCUCCAUAUAU